AUGAAUAAUACUUCGAUAACACAUUUUCUGAGCUUUCAGAAUCCACUAUGCACCCUCCAUCCUAAUGAUCAUUUGGCCUUGGAAGGCCCGCUUUCCAGGGUGAAGUCCUUAAAGAAGUCUCUCCGCCAGUCCUUCCGCCGGAUACGAAGGAGCAGAGUGUCAAAUCAGAAGCGGCAAACUGCCCAGGAGGGAAUUUCCAGGCAUAAUCGUGACGCAUUACAAGAAAUUGAAUUAGCUCCAGUCCAACGAAAGAUUGAAGCACGAUCAGCAGAGGAUUCUUUCACGGGCUUCGUCCGCACGUUAUAUUUUGCUGACACCUUCCUAAGGGACAGUUCUCGGCACAGCCCUUCUUUGUGGGCAGGUACCAAUGGGGGCACAGUGUAUGCUUUCUGCUUGCGUAUUCCUCCAGCAGAGAGAAGAAUGGAUGAGCCUGUGAGAGCAGAGCAGGCCAAAGAGAUCCAGCUAAUGCAUAGAGCUCCAGUUAUUGGCAUUAUUAUUCUGGAUGGCCAAAGCACUCCUCUUCCUGAACCACUUGAAGUAGCACACGACCUCUCCAAAAGUCCCAACAUGCAAGGUUGUCAUCAGCUUCUUGUAGUGUCUGAAGAACAACUUAAGGUUUUCACAUUACCCAAAGUCGUCUCCAAACUGAAGUUGAAACUUACAGCUCUGGAAGGCUCCCGGGUGCGAAAAGUGGCCGUUGCCAACUUUGUUAGCUCUAAGACCGAGCAUAGUGAGAAUGACUUGGCUGUCCUAACAAAUCAGGGAGACAUCCAGAUUAUCUCUCUGCCGUCACUUAAAAUCCAAGCGCGUUAUCCCUGUAUUCGCAAGGAGGAUGUGAGUGGCAUUGCUUCCUGUGUGUUCACCCGAUAUGGACAAGAAAACAAUGUUUACCAGAUGAAACAAAGUGGAAGGCUGAAAAUGUCAGGGGUACAGCCUCUGAUUUGUACUCACUCUCCCAGAUUCAAUUCCUCUGCUUCAGACUACAGCCUGAAAACAUGA